AUGUUUGGUGCCAUCAAGUUCGUGGCCCCCUAUGCCAGUACAGUGGCCAGCUUUGUCAAGCCAAUGUUCAUAUCUGACCCAGUGAUGCUCAAACUUAACCAGAUAAAUGAAAAGUUAUUCGACCUUGAUAAAAAGUUUGAUAAUAUAGUUAGCGAGAUAAAGGAGGUGUUUAAACUAAGCGAGUAUAACACGUCUUUGAACAAGCUGCAUAAGAUACAGAACCUCUAUACUCGCUUUAUUAAGACGCCAAACACAGUUACAUUGGACGCCCUAAAUAAGCAAGGCGAGCUAAAUGAGAUGUACGAAUUCAUCAAUUGGCUUCACCGAGGGGUGACUUCAUCGGCUUCAUCGGGUCAGAGCCUGAACCCAAUUAUAGUCUUUAUGAAAGCCGAUGAGGAUUACCCUAAGUUUAUCAAAUGGACACAAUUGAUCUUGGCACAUUACGCGCAAGCUAUGCUAUUGCACGGCAUUAGCGUUAAAUUGCGACCUAAC